AUGUACCCGCUUCCACCGCAGAAGCUGGGGUCGAGUGUCACGGAUGCGAAGAACGCUGCGGUUGAGAUUGGAGAGCUCACACUGAUGCAGCGUUCGUGGAGGAUGGUUCACUGCACGGACGACGAAGAUGAGGAGGCAUGGUCAAAAUAUCAGGAGCUCCGUCUUUCCGUUCGCAAAAAUGCACCAGGCCUCUCCGAGCUGAAUAUCCUCCGCGGAAGCGGCUUAGGAUGCUUCAUCGCCAGCAAUGCGCCCAUGUGGUAUGCUUCGUGGGUCCUGAUUGGUCUCCUCGGGUUCCAGAAGACGCAUUAA